AUGUUAUGUUGCCAUGAUGCAGCUCCUCCACCAUCUUACGAUUCUGUUGUUGAACAGAUAAAACAAGCGAAGAAAGACUCAGAUGGACAUGUCGAUUUUGUCAAGACAUGCUGUGGAAUUCUAAUAGGUUCUGGACUGUUCAAUAAAAAGAAGGAGCUAGGAGAUAAAGAGAAAAAGCUAGGAGUUGGACCUGAACAACUAAUUAUCAACUGUUUUGUGAUAGCUUGGUUCAUUGCAGGUAGUGUAUGGGUGUAUAGAACUUACGAUGACUGGCAAAGCAGUAACUCCACUUUGGAUAAUUACUGCAAUCCAACGCUGUAUUACUUUUCAUUCUGGAUAAUAACCAUUUCUUAUAUCGGGCUCGGACUGUUGUUAGUUAUGUGUCUAACUACUUGUAUUGCCAUGUGUAUCUGUGGCGAGGAUGAGUAA